AAAAUUGACAAAUGAAGAUUGAAAUUGAAAAUUUACAAACGGUGUGCUGAGGAUUGAGACGCUUUAUUAUUGAAUAUCAAAAUAGAAAACAUAUUUUUGUACGUACGAAUCUACAAUAAUAUGGCGUCAGGCUUAGAAAAUUACAUAAAUCAAACAGUAUCAGUGAUAACUGCUGAUGGGAGAAAUUUUAUCGGCACGCUAAAAGGCUUUGAUCAGACUAUAAACAUUAUUUUGGACGAGUCACAUGAAAGAGUAUUUUCGUCCUCGACAGGAGUAGCACAAGUUGUGUUGGGAUUGCAUAUUAUUCGAGGAGACAAUAUUGCUAUUGUGGGUCAAAUUGAUGAAUCAAUAGACAGCAGACUAGAUCUAGGAAAUAUUAAAGCAGAACCUCUAGGACCAAUAGUGCAUUAAUUUACCAAAUAGAUAUUGUAAUUAUUGAACAAGUAGUAAAGCCCACCAAAAUAUUAUGAUGCCUUCAUAGUUUGUAAUACUUGAGAAAUAGCUAAUAAAUACCUACUUGCUAAUAUAUUAUUGGUAACAAUAUUGUACAUGGUAAUUUGGUAAUUGAGGUAAUUUUAAGAUCUUAGUCUUAUAUGACCAUACUUGCUGUAUUGUUCAAAGUGUUGGGGUUAGUAAAAUUAUAAUGAAUUUUAUUAAGAUGUCAAGUAUGCAUGUUGAAUUAAAAUGAUAACAAUUAAAAUUUUAGAAUAUCCAAAUAGAGAGAGAACACGGAAUAUUUUAGUAUUUAUACCAGUA